GCAGUGGAAAAAGUACAUCACCAUCGCAUCGACAUCCCACAUCGUUUCGUUUAUCUUUCUUCGUUUUAGGGUUUUACGUUGUGCUUUGUUUCUGAAAUCUAAUCGUCGAAACAGUGAGAGAGAGAAAUGGCGUUGAAAUUUUUGAACAAGAAGGGAUGGCACACGGGGAGUUUGAGGAACAUAGAGAACGUGUGGAAGGCUGAACAGAAGCAUGAAGCGGAGCAGAAGAAGUUGGAGGAGCUUCGCAAACAGAUCCAGGAGGAGAGAGAGCGCACCGAGUUUCGUCUUCUUCAGGAGAAAGCUGGCCUCGUUCCGCACCAGGAGCGGUUGGAGUUUUUGUAUGAUUCGGGAUUGUCCGUCGGGAAAUCUUCCAAUUCCGAAGGAUUCAAGGCACUUGAACAGUUGCCGAAAUCCGAUGGGACGGAUGCGCCAAGCUCCUCUGCUUCUAAGGAGGGGGCAAGUGUGCCUGGAGCAUUGUUUGAGGAGAAGCCUCAGUCUGCCAAUGAUGCUUGGAGGAAACUCCAUUCUGACCCCUUGCUCAUGAUCCGCCAACGUGAGCAGGAGGCGCUCGCAAAGAUAAAAAACAAUCCUGUUAAGAUGGCUAUGAUAAAGAAAUCGAUUGAAGGAACUGAUCACAAGGAGAAAGCACAUAAAAAGGAAAAGAGGAAGAAACAUCGUUCUAGUAAAUCAAAGCAUAAAAAACACUCUGAUUCAGAAGAUGACCCUACAGAAGGGAGGAAAAGAAGGACCGAUAAUGAAGAUAUUGACAAGAAGCAUAAUAAGGCUCAAUCUGAUUCAGGGUAUGAAUCAGGUGAAAGAGAAAAUAGAAGGAAGGAUCGGUAUGAAGACAAAAAAUACAGGGAAAGAUCACCCAGCCACCAACAGAGACAGAGAAAGGGCAAAGACUACGAAGAAGGUGCUGAUGACAGAAAUCAUGGCAGGUCCAAGUCAGAAAGGAGUGUCUAUGACGCUCAAUCAAAUCCAGGGUAUGAAAGUGAUGGAGGAAAGAGAAGGAGGAAUCACUAUGAAGAUAGAAAAUACAGAGAAAGAUCACCCGGUCACCAACAGAGACAAAGAAAUGGCAAAGAUUACAAAGAAGACGGUGGUGACAGGAAUUAUAAUAGGUCUAAGUCAGAAAGAUAUGCUUCAGAAGAUAAGUCCAAUAUAGAUGCUCCUAAAAGCGGAGGUGAGCGAUUUUCUGAAACAAGCUCCAAUAGAUAUUCAGCUUCUUCACAUGAACGUGGAUACAAACGCAGAAACGUGGCUCCUAAGCUUUCAGAGGAAGAGCGAGCUGAGAAACUGAGGCAGAUGCAAUUGGCUGCCGAAGUGCAUGAAGAGCAGAGAUGGAAACGUAUAAAGAAGGCCGAGGAGUCUGAUGCACGUGAAGUAGUCCAGAGUAAUAACGCUGGCGGCAAGAAUUUCUUGGACAGUACUCAGAAAAGUGUGUAUGGUGCAGGGGAAGGGGGAAGUGCAUCUAUAGCUGAGAGUGUUCGUCGUCGGACAUACUAUUCUCAAGGCAGGUCUGGUGGUGAAGGCAAUGCAUUUCGGCGAUGAAUUCUUGGUGUUUUCUUUCUUGGAUUCCUUUGGUGUAUAAUAUGUCAAAACCUGUUUAAUUUCAUUUAGAUAAUAUAUGAAGAAUUCAUGGUUCACUCUUUCAUGA